GUGCUAUCUCUAGUGUUUGAUUUCUGUCUACAUUGGAAAGAUUGCUGCAUAAUAUUUGUGUAGUUGGAAGUUGUCUCCCUUAGAAACAUGUGGUUCCUUUUGAUAUUGCUAGUGCUCGUGUUGGUCGCGUAUCUGGAUACAAGAAAACCCAAAAAUUUUCCACCGGGUCCCGCCUGGUUCCCACUAAUAGGAUGCGCCUGGCAAGUGCACAAGCUGCACAGGAGAACGGGCAACUUGGCGAAAGCAUCGCAGGAACUAGCAGCGAUGUAUGGACCUUUGGUCGGCCUGCGCAUUGGACGCGAGCGUGCGGUUUUUGUUUAUGGAAAGCGAGAAAUUGAGGAAAUGUACACGAGAGACGAGCUCAAUGGGAGACCUAUCGGCUUAUUGUCCACGAGCAGAACCGGCGGCACCCGCAAAGGAAUUAUAUUCACCGACUCGGAGUUUUUCAAAGAGCAAAGGAAGUUCGUGGAGAGACAGCUGAAGCAAACGGGAUUUCGUAAGGAGAUAUUGAUGGAAAACGUUCAAAGGGGGAUGGGAGCUGUAAUCGAUACGGUCAAAAGGAAAAUCAAGGACAAUGGUGCUAUCACAAGUGAUAGUUUGUUUGGGGAGCAACUUCUGCAAACGGCUUGGGUUUCGAUGGCAGGCAACGAGGGUCACUUAGACGAUCUUGGAGCGAGCGAAUUGCUCAGGGUAAUGGAGGAGCUUUUUCGAUGUACUUCAUUGUCUGGCACGGCGUUUAGUAACUUUCCGUUUUUAAAAUACAUUUGUCCUGAUUACUGUGGGUACAAUGCGUACGUGAGAGUUAAUAAAGCGGUCAUGGAAUUUUCAAGCAAAAUGAUACAGGGCUUGAGAAAAACACACAACUCCAACCGAAGCUUAAUUCGCGCGUAUUUGGAAAAGAUGGGCUCAAUGGGAAAUUUCAAUCAGGAUCAAUUGAUGGCAAUAUGUUUGGAUCUCUUUACGGGGAGCUUUGAGACGAACUACAACACGCUUUGUUUUGCAAUGUUCUACAUCGUGCUCCACCCGGAUCUCCAGACGAAGGCCCAAGAUGAAAUUGAUCGUGUUGUUGGGAGAGAGAGACUACCCACUUUGGAAGACAAACCACGGUUGCCUUACGUAGAGGCUUUAGCUCUAGAAUCCUUGAGGAUGUUCGCAGGCAGGUCUUUUAUCGUACCAAGGCGAGCGAUGAAGGACGCCAUGUUUGGCGGCUACUUUAUCCCAAAGGAUACCGUUCUGUUCGGAAACUCGAGGGGAACGUUCAUGGAUCCAAAAGCAGGAUGGCGAAAUCCAGGUGUCUUUAAUCCCGAACGCUUUAUCAAGGACGGCGGCCUAAACGUACCCGACGGUUUCAUACCGUUCGGAAUAGGAAAGAGAAGAUGUCUGGGUGAAGUUUUGGCGAAGGCGAAUAUCUUUAUGAUUAUUGCCGGUCUGCUACAGACGUUUAACUUUAGACCCGUCCCGGGCGCACCUCCGCAAUUUGAAAUUAUAGAGGGCUUCAGUGCAGCGAUCAAGCCCUUCAAAAUGAUCGUUAGCUUAAGAUGAGACAAACUAAUCUCAAGAUUAAUCGAGAACAAUUUAUUGUAGUUGAGGUUUUAAAGAAAUGAUUAUCAAGUCAUUAAACAUUAAAAUAUAUUCCUUUUAAUAUU